AUGGCUGAAGCCUCAGUCCCAGUGCUGAGGGGAGAUGCCGAAGCCACGCCUUGCCCCAGCGUUCUGGAACUGGAGGAGCUCCUGAGGGCAGGGAAAGUUUCUUGCAGCCACGUGGAUGAAGUUUGGCCCAACCUUUACAUAGGAGAUGCGGCCACGGCAAAUAACCGCUUUGAGCUAUGGAAGCUGGGCAUCACCCAUGUGCUGAAUGCAGCCCACGGCGGACUCUACUGUCAGGGCAGCCCUGACUUCUACGGCAGCAGUGUGAGCUACCUGGGCGUGCCAGCCCACGACCUCCCCAAUUUCGACAUCAGUGCCUACUUCUCCUCAGCAGCUGACUUCAUCCACCGUGCCCUCAGCACACCCGGGGGUAGGAGUGGGGUCUGA